GUUUAUGAGAGCCUCUCGCACUCGUGUCAGCUUCCAUUUGUGUUCAAACGCCAGUGAUGGUUCUCUCAGCAUCUGUGUCGCGUUUUGAACGCACCGCUGCCACGGUUCUCUCCCCCCUCCUGCCCGCCCGGAUGGUGCGAUGAGGUUUUUUUUUUUUUUUUUUUUUAUCAGACAGCCUCGGACCGCGAGCAGGAGCGCAGGAGAAGGACAACUGUGGAUUCGCGGAUGUGGUGGCUUCGGGAGGUAGAGGGUGCUUUCUUUUUUUUUUCUAACUUUUUUUUUUUUUUUUUUUUUCUUGUGAGACGGAAACUUGUAGAUCAGCGGUUAAAAAAGUUGGACUGAGGAGUGCGCGUUCAGUAAGGGGAACUGAUGCGCGUAAGAAGGGAUGCCAGCCAGGCGUGGCUUGUGUUUGAAUAUCCAAUGUGAGAAUGCGUGGGGAGUAUGUAUAUAACACGAGUCCUUCCAUCUGAUAAACAGAGAUAUCAAACUGAUGAUUGCAGCGGAGGACGAUCAAUAAAGAAGUGAAGGGGGACGCGUGUGACUGCGGGAGGCGCGCUGGGUACGCUUAAUGCGUGCAUGGAACCGGACUUGUGUCAACUUCUUUUCACGCCGCUCGAGUCGCCGUAGAUCGUUUUUAAAUGCCGUCGCUUAAUUUGACAGCUGUGCACACAAUGGCAGAGGUCGGGAGUUUUCUGGGGACAAUCGACUUGGAUUUACAAAGCUUUCCUGCACUCGGGAAUAUGCCCCUGCCGGAGUCUCCAGUGGGCUUGAAUGAGCGGCUGGGGCAGAUCGAAGGGAGGCUGCAGCGGGGGUCGCCGACGGAUUUCGGGCACCUCAAAGGGAUCCUGAGGCGGCGGCAGCUUUACUGCAGGACCGGCUUCCAGCUGGAGAUAUUCCCCAACGGGACGGUGCACGGGACAAGACAGGACCACAGCAGAUUUGGCAUCCUGGAGUUCAUCAGUCUGGCAGUGGGUCUGGUCAGCAUCAGAGGGGUGGACGCUGGACUCUACCUCGGCAUGAAUGAGAAAGGAGAGCUCUAUGGGUCGAAGAAGCUGACAGCAGAAUGUGUGUUCAGGGAGCAGUUUGAGGAGAACUGGUACAACACCUACGCUUCAACUCUGUACAAGCACACAGACACGGGGCGCUUCUACUACGUGGCCUUGAACAAGGACGGCUCGCCCAGAGAGGGCAACAGGACUAAAAAACACCAGAAACUCACCCACUUCCUGCCCAGGCCGGUGGAGAUUGAAAAGAUCCCUCAGGCGUACAGGGACUUAUUCCAGUAUAGGUGACCAGUGCUUAAUCUGGGGGAACUGGUUACAAUCGCAGGAACAGGAAUACAAGAAGAGGACGGAGGGGGUGUUGCGGACAUUUUGGACCGGGUACAGAACUUUUCACCCUCAACUCCCCCCGAGGUCACUGUGUUUGCGCCUCAGCCCACUGCUGAGCAUGUUACAGCAGCAGUGACAUAAACAUUGUGCGUGUUCCUGGACUUCUUCGCCUCUGCAGCGGAGGGAAAGUGAUCCUGUAAAACCACUGCGGACACAGGCAGAGGCGGCCUUCUGUGACCACCCCAGCUGUGGACAAUCCAGUCAGGUGCCAUGUUUUCCCAAUAACCACUUUGUUAGAGGUAAACUAAAACCGUAGAUACUGAAGUGACGCGCGACAACAGAUGGAGUCGCGGCCCUCUGCCAUUGGAACUGGCGUGGACAUACUUUUUUUUUUUUUUUAAAUCAAUAUUUAUCACUAUGAGGACACCGAGGAGAGACUUUUAGGAGCGUCAAAUGACAGAAAGCAGAUGUCACGUUGUACAUUUGUCGAGCACUAAACAGUCAUGGCAAAUGCAAGAAAAAGGGCACAUUCCACAUAUGCAGAGAUGGACGGUGGAAGAAGGGUGUGUGACGACAUGCUUGUUAAGUGACAGGUUGGGAUAGUCAGGUACUAAAGAGUCUGUUAGGGUUAGAAGAGCUAAAGAGUCUGUAAGGAGAACGUCUGUGAGGCAGAACUGGAGUUUUAUUAAGAUGAAAGGGGGCUGAUAAAAAGUCUUGAGAUGAAUGUGUGAUACAUAAAAAGAGCACUUACUGCACACACACACACACCCCCUCCAGUCCCAGCUGUAAGCUCACUUGUUGUCCCAUAUCAUCAGAGUGAGAGUAAAGAUCUCCUUCAUCACAUUUUAAUAAGGAUACCAAGCAGCGUCUUGCAGGAAGUGUAUGCCAAACAAACGAUCAAGCUUGGGGGACUGGAAGCACUUCUCUGACUGCAGGUCUAAGGAGUAAAGUGAUGGGCUAUUUUUUUAAAGGUUGGUGACUUGUAAUGUUCAGAGCGUCAGGAACAUUAUUAAAAAAAAAAAAAAGAAAAAAACGCAAGCAGCUGAGGUGUACAUAUGGGUGAUCCUAUUUAUGAGAUGUACAAUAUAUUUAUUUUCUACAUAUAAAGUAUAAAUAUAAAUCUAUAUAUUUAUUUAUUGCAAAGACUUUAUUUUGUAAUGAACUUGAAGUUAUCUGGACUGUAGAUUCUACUGAAAAUACACCAAAAAACAAACAAACAAACAAAGAAACAAAAAAAACAAAAAAAAAACAACUGCAAUGAACGUGACAAUAAAAUUGUCUUGCUAUCGAGAACUCAUUGUGAGAGACUAUUUUUGCUUGGAUAAAAAUGUGAUGUACCAAUUAAAACCAGAUAUAGAGUCUAA